GAUCUUUGUUCAGUGCAUCUGCCUGAAAAAUAUAAACAAAUCCCAACAAAUCGAUAAAAGGAAUAAAAAAAAAUUGAAUUUUUAGAUAACAAUCUACAAUAAAAGCCCUCAGACGGAAGGCUCGAUUAUAAAAGAAGAAAAAUAAAAUCUGUGUUCCUUGGUCCUAUAAUUUGGAAAGUUCAUACAUUACAAGGAUGUUUUUACUUUUUGCAAUCACCAUUAUCUGUUUCCUGUUGGCAUUCACAGCACGAGCUACUAAUUUUAUAGUAGAUCUCGUCAUUCGCGAUUCGCCAGAAACCCGAGCUCUGCGAGCUGAAUCCGAGCUUACCCGCCGAGAGCUGUCCCGUAUUUCUAUGCGUGACGAUUACAUCAACUACGUGAAAGUGGAACGCAAACUGGUGGCCAUCGAUGCCAAACUAAACGAAUCCAAGUCCCGUGAUGCGAUGCGUAGAAAGAUCUACGAGUACGGUUUCCAGUACGGCACUUACGCACUUGCUUCGCUUGGUCUCGUCAUUAUAUCUAUCGGGUACCGCUAUCAACCGGUGGUUGUUUUCGGCGACGGAUUCAACUUUGAACCUUUCGGUAAAGCGUUAAGUUUUCCUACCGGUGUUUCCAAUUCUGUGUCACCCGUUUGCUGGAUUGUGGUUAACAACUUAGUAGCGCGAGCCAUUGCCGGUUACCUUAAGUAGGACGAGUUGAUUGAAUAAAAUAGGUUCAGAUAAGUCUA